AUGGUUAAAAUAUGGAAAAAUCUUGAAACAUGGUGGCAAGAAAACUAUUGCAUACAACUUACAGUACGUAUAGGAAAUUUUUUCCCUGUAUUAUUCCUAAUUAUAUUAGUAGGAUGGAGUUAUUAUGCUUUCGUUAUUAGGUUGUGUAUAUCCUACUUAUUGAAUAGUUAUCCUGUACAAGGAGUGGUUUAUCUUUUAAUAUAUCACCCACUUUUUUUAUUAAUGAUGUGGAGCUAUUUUAAAGCUACUUUUAUGUCCCCUGGAUAUUCAACUGAUACUAGAUUAGCUUCGGUAGAUUCAUCAACAACGACGUAUAUACCACUCGAUCAGCGUCGCUCAAAUUCAGGAGAAACAACAAGCAGUAAUGCGCCCGAAUCAAGUAAUGUACCUUCUAAUCAAGGCCAACAAGGUGGAACUCAACAACGAAAGAAAGAUAAUAUUUUAGUUGUGAUAGAUGAAAGUGGUAGUCCCAUAUCACGUGGUUCCAUUAUGGUAAAACAAAGUGGGGAAAAACGGUUUUGUCAAAAAUGUAAUUUUGAUAAACCUGAUAGAGCUCAUCAUUGUAGAAUGUAUUUUAAAGAUGGACCAGUAAGGCAUCGUAAUCAAAAACCUUUUUAUUUAUUUCUUUUAUGGGCCACAUUAUAUUCAUUUUUCAUUUCGACAUCUACACUAAUUCCAAUAAUUAAAUAUGCAGAAUCAACAGAAGAGCCAGUAAUAGAGAUUGAUUUAAAUUGGACAUUUUUAAUAUUACUUGGAGGAGUAUUUUUUUUAUGUUUGAUAGGGUUCACAAUAUUUCAUACUGGUCUAAUUUUAUCAAAUCAAACUACUUUAGAAAGUUUACAAAAACAUAAUUAUAAAGUGAGAGAAAAUGGGGAUGUUACAACAAGUAAAUAUUUGAAUUUAUUUGAUAUUGGUAGAAAAAAUAAUUGGAUUCAAGUUAUGGGUCCAAAAUGGUACUUUUGGUUUAUUCCUAUUGGGGAUCCAUUUAAUGAUGGAAAGUCUUGGCCAUUAAAUUCUUACAGAUAUAGUACUUUAUGUGAUUCAGUAGAAAAUUUAAAUAAUCCUGCUCAAAUAGUAUAA